AUGGGUACAGAUAGCAAAACAGCUAUACAACAACCAUCGUCGAAAGUAGCUCUUGUUUCAUCAUCGUCGUCAUCAUUGAAAAAUAUUAAAAAGAAAAAAUCUAAAACUAGUCAUCAUAAAUCUAAACAUAAUAAACAACAACGUUCAGAAUCAUCAUCAUCACGAUCAUCAAAUGAAUAUGAACGUAAUACAACAACAACUACAACGUCAUCAAAAAAAUCUAAUAAAACAAAAAAUUCUAAAGAAAAAAAUAAAUUACCUUCAUCAAAUGAUACACGUCAUCAUGAUAAAAAAUCUUCAAAUAAUAAAAAAAAAUCACAUCGUUCAAAACAUGAUUCAUCUGAAUCACCACCAAAAAGAAAUAAUACAACACGAAGUCGUUCAAAAUCAAGAUCACGUAGUGAUAGAUCUAGUGACAGAUCAUCAUCACGUGAAUCAUCAUCACGUUAUCGUCAUAAAAAUACAUUUCGUCGUUCUGGUUCAAACAUGCAAAAUGUUUAUUCUCCAAUGCCACAUUCAAAUUUUCCUCCAAAUAUGCCACGUCAUUAUCCACCACCAAAUGUUCUUCAUGCUCGAGAUGCUAGAAUGCUUCCUUAUAUGCCACCAUCAAUGAUGGGUGGACCACCUAUGCGCAAUAAUAAUGGUAAUCGUCGAUCAGGUGGUAAUAGUCCACCACAAUCUUUACUUGGUGGUUAUCGACCACCACCUGGUAAUUUUCGUGGUCGUGGUGGUUCAAUGAAUAAUCCUGCUUAUAUUCAUAAUAUGGCUAAUAUGCUUACUCUUAUACAACAGCAACAACAACAACAAAAACAAAAACCAGGCUCACAAAAAUAUGCUAAUCCAAAUAAUCCAAAUAAUCGUUUUUAUCAACAAUUUCAAGAUAAUUAUAAAAAAAUAAGUUCAGGACAAAAAAUAAGUAAUUUAUAUCAAGCAUCAUUUCCUGUUCAACAUAUACCACGUGAAAUGCGUUUUAAUUUUCGUUUACUUGGACGAAAUAUAUUUACAGCAUCCGAUGAAGAAGAAGAACAACAACAACAACAGCAGCAGCAGCAGCAACAACAACAACAACAAACAACAUCAACAUCAGAUAAACGUUCAAAACAACGACGUGAUUCAAGUUCAUCAUCAGAUUCUUACUCUGAUAAUGAUCGUCGAAAACGUCGUGAUGAUGAUGAUGAUGAUGAUGAAGAAAAAUCGACAACAACAACAACUCAUAAUACAAUGAAAUCAAAAUCAUCACCAAUACAAAAAAUAUCCAAUGAACAAAAACGUUCAUCAACAAAAAAUAAUCGAAAUCGUUCAUCAUUAACAACAACACAACAUUCUAAAACAAAUCCACCUUCCCAUGAACUUUUAACUGAUACAGCUAAUUUAAGUAACUUCUUAGCUGGUAUUAUGCAUAGUGAAAAUCCAGAAAUAAUUGCUAAUACAUUAGUCAAUGCUGCUGCUGCUGUUAAUAGUAAACGUGAACGAACAAAAAAACAAUUAGAAAAAAAAGUACAAAAAUUUAAAAAUUAUGCUCGAUUUCAACAAAUACAAGCAGCUGCUGGUGGUAUUGUUCCACAAACAAAUCCCGAAGAAGUCGAAAAGAAAAUUCAUGGUCUUGCUAGACGAUUGCAAAUGAAAACAAUUGGUUUACAUGAUGAUUAUGAAUCACAAGGUAUUAAACGAUCAGAUGAAUCUAGCGGAGAUUCCGAUACAAAUGAACGUCGUCAUCGUUCAUCUGGUUCAAGUACUGAACGUUCAAAAGAUAAAGAUGUUGGAAGUGAUGCUAGUACGAAUUCUCAAAAACAACGUAAACUUAAAAAAAUAACUAAACGACCAAAUAAAAAAGUAAAUCCUACUGGUCAAUCAAUUGGUUCAACUGAUAGUGAACAACAUCGUUCAGAUGGUAAUGAUAGUGAUGGAAGUAUGCUUAAUUUAAAUGAAGAUCUUAAACCAAUUAGUUAUUAUAUUAAAAAUCGUGAACGUAUGCUUCGUGAAAUGUUUCGAUGUGUUCGUGGCCACAAACUUCAGGCUAUUUUACCAGAUGCACUGAAGGUUUUUAUUUGUGUUUAUAUUAUCGUCCCCUAUCCUUCAGAUAUACAUAAUUGGGAAAAUAAACAUUUUUCUCUUCUUUUUUAA